GUGGAAACAGAGAUGUCUAAACUUCUUUAACAUCUUUAUUCCAGGAGGAAAUCAGCAAAUGAGUGAUGAUGGAUGUAAGGGUGAUCUACUGCCUGCUUUUUUGGGCUGCACACUUCUUCAUGGCUGUGCCAUACACCACUCCCAGGGUUCUUGGUAACGAAUCAAAGACUGGUUAUGAGCAAGAUGCCUGUAUAAAUCUCAUUCCCUGCCAAGAUAAUGGAGCAAUUUGUAUUCAGCCUUGCUCUCCCUCCUUCCAUGGGGAGACAAGCUUUGUCUGUGAGGACAGAAAGUGGCAGAUGCUGUCAGAUGCUUGUGCAAGCCUGGAUGUUCAGUCCCUUUUUCAGAGGAUAUCCCAAAGUGAACUCCCAUGCUCUGGAGGACACCUUCCUUUUUUAGGAGGAGGAAAGCUAGGGCCUGGGAAACUUGGAGAUGGAGCAAAACAUUUUGGUGCUGGGAAUCAUAGCUGCCAAGCUGAUUUUUCGUGCAUCAUCCCAGAUAUCCUGUCUUCACCAGCCAUCCCAGGAAACAUUGCUGAUAUAGUGGAAUUGCUAAAGAAGAUUUCCCUGCUGCUAUCAGAGAAUGUCACCAGAGGAAAAAUGCAGAGCUACAGCAGGAUAGCAAACCAUAUUCUGAAUAGCUCCAUCAUUUCCAACUGGGCUUUUGUGAAGGACAGAAAUGCUGGUUCAAUAUUACUGGACUCGGUGAAUUUAUUUGCUGGGAAACUUCUUCUAAGGAAUGGGUCAGAAAGUAUCCAGGAGCCCUUCAUUGCCACCAAAGGCUACAGCAUACACCGAAACACUUCAGGAAAGAGCUUUGACUUUUCCAUGGAGUUCAACAGCACAGGCAAUAUUACUGGCCACGUGGUGAUUCCAGAGCAGGAGCUGCUGAGGUUGCCCAGGGCUUCCAAAGCCAUCAGCGUUGCAUUUCCAACGCUCGGAGCCAUCCUGGAGACGAACCGGCCGGACCCCGCUGUUGUGAACGGGAUGGUGCUGUCGGUGUCGCUGCCAGAGGAGCUCCAGAGCAUUUUGCUCACCUUUGAGAAGCUGAACAAGCUGGAGCAGGUGGGGGCUCAGUGCGUGGGGUGGCACUCGGCCGAGCGGCGCUGGGACCCGCGGGUGUGCCAGGUGCGCGCACACAACGCCAGCGCCGUGGUUUGUGUCUGCGCCCACCGGCGCCGCACCUACGGAGCCUUCUCCAUCCUGAUGGCCCCGGCCGUGCCACGGAGCUCCCUGCUGGACUACAUCACACGGGUGGGCCUGGGGCUGUCCCUUCUCAGCCUGGUCAUUUGCCUCGUCAUCGAGGCCGUGGUGUGGCAGCACGUCACCAAAACUGAAAUCACCUACAUGCGCCACUUCUGCUUGGUCAACAUCGCUGCCUCACUUCUUAUUGCUGAUGUCCUCUUCAUCCUGGCAGCCAUUGUGCACAAUGCAGCCCUGAACUACCAGCUGUGUGUGGCAGCCACUUUUUUCCUUCACUUUUUCUAUCUUGCCCUGUUUUUUUGGAUGUUUACCCUGGGUCUCUUAAUUCUCUAUGGAUUAUUAUUAAUUUUUUUUAAGAUUACAAGAUCUGUGUUCUUAGUUGCAGCAUUCUCUAUUGGAUAUGGAUGUCCCUUGGUCAUAUCUGUCCUCACUGUUGCUAUUACUGUACCAAAAAAUGGGUAUUUAAGGAGUGGAGCUUGCUGGCUCAAUUGGUAUGAGACAAAAGCGCUUUUGGCUUUUGUUGUACCUGCCCUAAGCAUCAUUGUGAUGAAUCUCAUUGUGGUGGUCGUGGUUGUGGUGAAGACUGGGAGAUCCUCCCUUGGAGAAGGCUGCAAGUCACAAGAUUUGAGCAGCAUGAUCCGAGUCAGCAAAAACGUUGCCCUUCUGACACCUCUGCUGGGCCUCACCUGGGGCUUUGGCUUAGCCACAAUCAUCGACAGCCGCUCUCUGGCCUUCCACGUCGUGUUUGCGCUGCUGAACGCCUUCCAGGGAUUCUUCAUCCUGUUGUUUGGGACACUUCUGGACAGAAAGACAAGAGAAGCAUUAAGGAUGAACUGCUUUUCAUCAAGGCGGAAGUGGGGUCUAGAAAAGUCCUAGCAGUGGCUCUUGUCUUCAGUGGAUUUGAGCAGUGAGAAGAAAAGGAGCACUUCUUGCAGAGAGAUGCUGGUUUGAGGGGAGCUGAAGAGCCUGGCCAGCUCAGAGCAUGGACAGCCCUGUCUGGGAGCACAACCACAGGAAGCAUCAUGAAAACCAGAAGAGAAAAGGCCCUGAACCUGCUGUCAGGAGAAGGAAACCAUCAGUGUUGCUGCAGCCCUUGGAGGAAACAGGCUGAAACACAAAGCUUGUUUCUCACCUUCCUGAAAACUGCUGUGAGGAGAGUUUGUCCUUGUUUGCCAUUUCAGUGCUUCAGUUCUUUCUCCUUUUCUUCUUUUCUUGUUUUCUUUCUUUUUUUUUUGGCAGUGCAAUGAGGAGCUGUACAGUACAUGGAGCUGUUCUAAAAUUAUUUAAUUUUUCAUGUGGUGUACAAAUGUUGAGCAUUAUUUAGCUGAUUUUGGUUGUCUUUUGGGCAAAGCUGAUUCUAUUUGUUGCUACUGCAUUCAUCAUUUCCAUUUGUUCUCCCAGAGUGAUGGACAACUCUGUUUCUGCAUUGCAGGAACACUGUUCUCUCCCUCCCAAUAUUUGUUGUCUCCAUCUCAGUACUUGUACUUGUGUGUCAGAGGAAUUGUACAAAGCCCUUUUCUGAUCUGCCAGGACAGAAUUUUCAUUCUUUUGCCUGCCCUGCAGGACAAUGACAGAGAUGAACAAGAGAGAGGACUCUGCAAAUAAUCAGUUUCCCCCUUUAGAUGUGGGAAAGCAAGCAGAGCUGAAUCAAAUGAUGGAGAUCUCCUGUGCAAUGUCCUAGCAAAGGAGAUUAUUUCUGCACGUGAGAUGGGGUGUCUGGACAGAAAAUCUGUCCUUGUUCUGAGAAACCCUUUCCAAUGAGGGCCUUGAUAGAAGCAUUA